CAGCCCAGCGUGACAAUUUAAAAAAGAUCGAUUUAAUACAUUCUGUUUCUAGAAUCCAACAAUUGAAUUACCGCGUCUGAACCGCUAUACUGAAUUUUGAUUCGAAAAAAGUUUCUGCUUACUAUAGAUGGCAGUCAAAACAUAGUCCCAAAAGUUGACGACAGAGUUGUUCCUCCCUGAUUGAUCAUCAUGACACUGAACUGCACGUAACCUUAAAAAUUUGUGUUAUAAAAUUACGUAAAAACUAGAACUGUCAAAUUUAUGUUCUCUUAUGAAUGAAUGACAUUAUGUAACAUAAUGUAUAAAUAUUUAUGAAGUUAAAUUAAUUUCCGUUGCUUAUAAUUAUAUAUUUAGAAACCUCCAAGAUCAUUGCCACAUAAAAUGAUGCAUAUUACAAAAGUAGACACAUCUGAACGAAGAUUUGAAAUACAAUGCAAAUUAGAAACAGAAAUUGCCUCGUUAGAAACUUUAAAAGAAGCAGAAGAACGAAGUAGGAAAUUAACUAAUAGCGUUGUUGGUAUACUGUCUUCUUUAGAACAACGUCUUGCAACAUUACGGCGUACUAUACUCCCUGUUUACAAUGAAACAGGAAAUCUUCAAGCACAACAGCAAAACAUAGAAAGAACUCUAAAUGCUUUAGAUCAUGCAAUUGGAUAUUAUGGAGUUUGUCAGGAAGUAGAAGGAGCAGUGCAAGCAGGUCCAGGAGGAUCUGGAGGGUUAGACAGUUUUUUGGAAGCUAUGAAUCGCCUGUUUAAUGCACAGCGUUAUUUCCAAAAAAAUAAUCCGAGUUCGGUAGAAUUAGAAAAUGUGACUAGUUUAUUUGUCAUUGGAUUAGAUGCUUUAUAUGCAGAAUUCCAUGAUAUUUUAACAAGACAAAGUAAACCAAUAUUACCAAUUGUACUUUUGGAUUUAAUUGGUUCUGAUGAAGACACUAGUGGUGAAGAUGCACCGCAAUCUCUUUGUCAAUUGCCAGAAAGCAUUUUGGGGGAUUUACUGAAAAUUGCUGGAUGGCUCGAGGAAAGAGGACAUCGUAAACAUGUAAAAAUAUAUGCAUCUGUGCGUUCUGCAAUAGUGUUAAGAUCAUUGCAAUUGUUGAAGGAACAUCAAAGGAGUGCCAGUGGUGGUAGUACACAUGCUGGAAGUCCCUUGCCAAAAGCUAAAUUUGGCAACAGACACUCGUUAGGUGGUCAAGAGGCUAGUGGAAGAAGAGCUUCUAAAAGAUUACAACAUGCUAUUGAAAAAAAAGCUAGUAGAAUGUUACUGAAAGCUUCUCAAACUACUGGUUUAGGAUUAUCUUUGACUACAUCUAGGAAACCACCACCGCAAUUGUCUGGGCACUGUGUAGAGGACACAGCACCGGAUGAACAAGAAAUGGAAAAUUAUUUAUUACUAACAGUUGGACUUCACAAACUCAUGCAAGCUGAACGAUCACUGGUUGCCAAGAUUUUGCCAAUUACUUUGCAGGCCCAAGUUUUAGAAGCUACCGUGCGUGAAGCUAUGGAUCUAGUAGCUCAUGAUGGAGAGAGUAUAGCAACUCGUGCUAAAAGAUGUAUUGUACGACGUGAUUUUUCAGCAGUACUAGUAAUUUUCCCGAUUUUAAAACAUCUUGGAGAACUAAAACCGGAUUUGGAACGGACUGUCGAAGGUUGCGACUACGCCCUUCGGUCCAAAUUUACUUCUGUGCUUAAUACUCUAAAUGUAACUGGAGCAAAAGCUCUAGAAGAUUUCGCGGAAAGUGUUCGAAACGAAUCUAAUUCAGUUUUACCUAAAGACGGAACUGUCGCAGAAAGUACAAGCAAUGUGUUAGUAUUUUUGGAGCAGUUAGCAGAAUAUGCAGAUACUGCUGGAAUUGUUUUAAGACGUAGCACCGAUAUGGAAGGCACAAUUUCUGUAAAACAAUCUGAGAAUAUGUACAGAAUCGUUUUAGGAACGUAUAUUAAAAAAGUAUUAGCACAAUUAAAUUUAGCGCUUGUAAGUAAAAGUGAUACUUGUUACUCAGAUGUUGCGCUACGAGCUCUCUUUCGUUUGAAUAAUCAUAAUCAUGUUGUAAAUGCUUUACGUCGUAGUUCUUUAAUGGAACUACUCUUAUUAGCAGAACCUAGUGCUGAACACUCGUAUAAUGACCUUUUAUUGCGAGAUAAAAGCAAUUACGUAUCAACUACAUUUUCGAAAGCACGUACUUACCUUGAACAGCCCAUUGACGAACCAGAACCAGGAGCAAAAACGUUGAAAGAAAAAUUCUUAGGAUUCACGAGGGAAUUAGAAGAAGUCGCGAAGUGUCAACGCUCAUAUUCUGUACCUGAUGCUCGAUUACGAGAAGAGUUACGGAAAGAACUACAGCAAGCUAUAGUCCCUCUCUACACGAUUUUCCAUAACAAAUAUCGCGGAAUAUCGUUUUCAAAGAACCCAAAUAAAUAUAUAAAAUAUACUCCUGAACAGAUUUCUGCAAUGAUUUAUACAUUUUUUGACACGACAGCAUAAUGAAUAACUAGAAAAUUUUAAUAAACACCCAUUUAAUAAAGCAUAUUUAGUUACAUUA